CGAAGGCUCUGGAGGUGCUGAAACAGUACACCACCAGAGAUGGUCUGGAUGUUGAUACCCUGCUUGACUCUGACAAGCACGGUGCACUGACCUACAAUGACUUCCUCAUCCUGCCCGGAUAUAUUGGUAAGCCAUUGUGCUUGACUCUUGUCUUUUGUUCGAUGACUGAACUUGAUGGCAAGGCUUCCCUGCUUCGGAUGUUACUCUCGACACACCUGUCACCAAGCGUGUCACAUUGAAGGCUCCUCUCCUGUCUUCUCCCAUGGACACCGUCACCGAGCACAACAUGGCCAUCCACAUGGCUCUUCUCGGUGGUCUGGGUGUCAUUCACCACAACUGCUCCCCUGAGCAGCAGGCCGAGAUGGUCAGGAAGGUUAAGCGCUACGAGAACGGUUUCAUUCUGGAACCCGUAGUGCUAUCUCCUACUACCACCGUUCGGGAGGCAAAGGAACUGAAGGCCAAGUGGGGAUUCGGUGGUUUCCCAGUUACUGAAAACGGAACCCUCCGCUCCAAGCUCGUUGGUAUGAUUACCACCCGCGACAUUCAGUUCCAUCCCAACCUCGACGAACCCGUCACUGCCGUUAUGGCCACUGACCUCGUCACCGCUCCUGCUGGCACAACUUUGGCUGAGGCCAACGAUGUCCUCCGUAGCUCUAAGAAAGGAAAGCUGCCCAUUGUGGAUGAGAACGGAAACCUCGUCUCUCUGCUCUCCCGCAGUGAUUUGAUGAAGAACCUCCACUAUCCUUUGGCUUCUAAGCUCCCCUCUUCCAAGCAGCUGAUCUCUGCUGCUGCCAUCGGUACUCGCGAAGAGGACAAGACCAGACUGAAGCUCCUUGUCGAGGCUGGCCUCGACAUCGUUAUCCUUGACAGCAGUCAGGGUAACAGCAUGUACCAGAUCGAGAUGAUCAAGUACGUCAAGAAGACCUACCCCGAAAUUGAUGUCAUCGGUGGCAACGUCGUGACGCGGGAACAAGCCGCUGCUUUGAUUGCUGCUGGUGUCGAUGGCCUGAGAAUUGGCAUGGGCAGCGGUAGCGCCUGUAUUACACAGGAAGUCAUGGCUGUUGGCCGUCCCCAGGCUGUUUCUGUUCGCAGUGUCUCCUCUUUCGCCGCUCGUUUCGGUGUUCCUUGUAUCGCCGACGGUGGUGUCCAGAACAUUGGUCACAUUGUCAAGGGUCUCGCUAUGGGAGCCUCUACCGUCAUGAUGGGCGGUCUUCUGGCCGGUACCACUGAGUCCCCUGGUGAAUACUUUGUCAGCAGCGAGGGUCAGCUUGUCAAGGCUUACCGUGGUAUGGGCAGUAUCGCCGCCAUGGAGGACAAGAAGGCUGGUGGUGACAGCAAGGACAGCAAGGCCAGCAACGCUGGUACUGCCCGUUACUUCUCUGAGAAGGACCGUGUCCUUGUUGCUCAGGGUGUUGCCGGUUCUGUCCUUGAUCGUGGUUCCGUCACCAAGUUCGUUCCCUACCUCGUUGCCGGUGUCCAGCACUCUCUGCAGGACAUUGGUGUGCAGUCUCUUCAAGCUCUGCGCGACGGUGUGAACAACGGAUCUGUUCGCUUUGAGAUGAGAAGUGCCAGUGCUCAGGCUGAGGGUAACGUUCACGGUCUGCAUAGCUACGACAAGAAGCUCUACUCCUAAGUGGUGAAAACUUAGUAGUUAGAUAAUAAUUUUUUUUUCUUGUUUCUUGUGGAUUUUUUUCCCCCACGUCGCCCUUUAUUAACAGGGAUUGGCCACAUGAUGAUAUGUUUUACAAUGAAAAUAAAAGUACGGGCAUGAGGAUUAGGAGUUGAUUUGGCAUGCAGACUUUAUUAGAUUUAUGUUAUCAGUAUUUAAAAUUCAUACCAAUAAAC